CCCCCUCUAAAAUAUGCGCUUUUAAAAAAGAAAAGAAAAUAAAAACACGGUUUGAGCCGCGCGUUGUAAUUCAUCUCCGCUGUAUGCGCGUCGCCGUGCUGUUCCUUUCGUGGGACGGGCACCUCGCUUUGUGUCGAUCUGGGAAUUUGGGUUUCGCACUUCCUGUUGAAUUUCGUGGUGAUUCUGGUCCUUAAUGCUUUGGAGCGGGUAGCACAGAUAUAGGCUACGCUUUUCCCUCAGCCCCUUCAGUGCUGCGAUUGAGUAUUUUUGCGAAGACCAGCGUUUCGUUACUGUACAACAUCGAAUAGGGUCUGAUUCAAACAGGUGGAGUGGGUGGAGUGUGCAGAGGGGUCCUGCUAGUAUUACCAUAUGAACAUGUAUUAUCUGUCAAAUCGCUCCUAGCCCGGCGUCUGGGGGAGGUGCAGCCCAUUUCGGCUGUUCCCAAAACCGCUCAGUACUCGCCAGCGUGUUACUGCGGCUUCUCCGCGUCAGUUUGGCUUAUUCGGGUUUUUUUUUCCUUCAAAUAACAGCGUGAACAUUUCAGAGACCUCUUAACAUACAGGUGGGAGAUACCCUCUCCUGUAGGACAGCCCCCUUUCUCUGCUGUAACGGAGGAUGUGUGCGGCGGGCAUUUGUCGUUGCGUUUUGGGACAGGAGGGGAAUCGCUAUUGCAAACAGGUGUGAUAGCACACGGAGAGCCGGUUUCCAGGGGAUCGGGGUUACACGCCAGACGCGCAUGGUGCUCAUCCUCUCGGACUAGAGCACCCCUUUUUCUUUUUGGCUUUUUUUGUGUGCUGAAAGGACAUAAAAAAAAAGAGAGGCCGAGCGAUGUCUAAAAAUUCAGCUGUGGAUUUAAUAAGGAGAAGCCCCGUGUCGGAGGGAGAGAUGUUCAGCGAAUUUCAGGACUGGUGCCUCCGGACUUACGGGGACUCGGGUAAAACAAAGACCGUCACCCGGAGAAAAUAUAACAAGAUUCUGCAAACGCUGCUCCAGAGCGACGAGUCGGACGGCGUCUAUAUCGAGAACAACCACAUCAACGCCAAAUUUAAAUUCUGGGUGAAAUCUAAAGGGUUUCAGGUCGGGAGCGGUCACAGCGAGCCGAAGAAAGGCGCAGCGGGGAAGCCUGUACUCUACGUCCCCGUAAAGACAACGUGUGUGGACGGGGUGCCAGGCCAGGACACCUCCUCCCUGAAGCGCGUGGCAGUGGUGGAGGACUUCUUCGACAUCAUCUACGCCAUGCACGUGGAAAUUGGCACCGACCCCAACAAGGCCCCCAAGCACGCUGGCCAGAAGAAGACCUACAAAGCAAUUGCGGAGACGUACGCGUUUCUCCCGAGGGAGGCGGUCACUCGCUUCCUGAUGAGCUGCCACGAGUGUCAGAAGAGGAUGCACGUCAACCCCUGUGGAGUGGAAUCCAAAGAGAAUGACCGCCCCUCCUCCUUGGCUCCAGGAUUAAUUGACUAUAACAUGCCAAUCACCGCUACCUAUCUGAAGCAGAUGAAGCUGCAGUGUAUGAGCACUAAUGAGCAGGAUGAAAGUUCAGUGAGCAGUGAGGAUUUUGAUAUGACCGACCCUACAUGGAUAUCAGCUGAUCACGGUACCACAUCCGACCUAAGCCCCUGCCGAGGAGAGAGAAUGCACAGCCCCCAGAACGCCCACAAAGAGGAGGACGACGACUCCUCCUCUGAGAGCGGCAGUGGGAACGGCCUACCGACCCUCAACCCGCCGGUCCCGGGCAGCGCCGCCGACAGCGCCUCUUACAACGAGGUGAACGGCAACGGCGCGCCGGCGCCGCUGGACUUCAGCACCACCUCCUCCUCCUCCUCCUCCGAGGACCAGCCCGUCAACCUGAGCGAGCGGCUCCCGCCGGGACCGCUCCUCUGUCCCUUCCAGCCGGACGCGCCCGACGGCUUGCGGGGCCGCAGCAAGUACGCCGGCAAAGCCGCGCCCGCAGAGCUCCGGCUGGACUACGGCAACAAGUCUCCUCAGUACAGCUCAGGGAGUUACGACUCGGGGAAGACGGAGGUGAGCGUGUGUCCGGAGGACCUGUCGAUGAGCCGAGCACACACCGCGGACGACGACGACGAUGAUCAUGACGACCACGAGGACAGCGACAAGAUCAACGACUCGGAGGGGAUGGACCCCGAGCGGCUAAAGGCUUUCAACAUGUUUGUGCGUCUCUUUGUGGAUGAAAACCUGGACCGGAUGGUGCCCAUCUCCAAGCAGCCGAAAGAGAAGAUCCAGGCCAUCAUCGAGUCCUGCAGCCGGCAGUUCCCCGAAUUCCAGGAGCGCGCCCGCAAACGCAUCCGCACAUACCUCAAGUCGUGCCGGAGGAUGAAGAAGAAUGGCAUGGAGACGCGGCCCACCCCCCCACACCUGACCUCAGCGAUGGCCGAGAACAUCCUGGCUGCGGCCUGCGAGAGCGAGACCCGCAAGGCUGCCAAGAGGAUGCGGCUGGAUGUGUACCAGGCACACGAUGAACAGAUUGCACUAGAAAAGCAGAGCGCCCGGGAGCCCGCCACUCUUGCGCCCUCCGCCUACUCGCUGGCUGCCUCAGCCUACUCGCAGGACCAGAUCUACAUCAACGGCGGCCUCAACUACAGUUACCGUGGUUACGGGGGUCUGGGAGCCAGCCUGCAACACCCAGUCUCCCUAACAACGGGCACUCCUCAGAGCAACGGUCCCACUGACCUCAGCAUGAAGUCCUUGGCGUCAAACUCAUCCUCGUCCAGCACAAACAGUCGGGGCGUCCCCUCGGCCCAGCUCAGCCCCACGGAGAUCAACGCAGUGCGGCAGCUGAUCGCGGGGUACCGGGAAUCUGCCGCCUUCCUGCUGCGCUCCGCCGACGAACUGGAAAACCUCAUUUUACAGCAGAAUUGAACCUCUCCGGCCCCAUCUCUCCCUGAGGGAAAGGCCCAGGAUUGAGUUUAUACUGGACCUAGCCCCCCCCCCACACACACACACACAUACACACACAAACACACAGCUCUCCCCGAGCCCCCAUCCCAGACCCCCCCAAAACUCCUCUGGUCGAUGUGCCUCCUCUUUCUUUCUGUGGCCCAGGUGUGGGACCCCUCCCUGCCUGUCCAGGGAGGCUCCAGCGGAGAGAGAAAGAGAGCACCAUGGCUGAAAUCACCUCCAGGGCCACUCGCAGCCCUCUGAAAGAGGAAGUUGCCCUGUCUGCGAGAGGAUGGAUCCUUUCUUCCCAUUUCUCUCCCACGAGCUGAGAUAUAUCUACCUAUGGAGCAUUUCUAAACACAAGCUCUCUGAGGGACAGUAGCUGUGCUUGCUGACUGGUUCACUUUCAUUUGAAACGGAUGCUGGUAUUUUUUGCCUGAUGGCUCAUUAUUUACCAGAAGGGGCGCUUCUCAGCAGUCGUUAGCUUCUUUUUGGUGUCUUUGGGGGUCUUUUGGUGCUACAGAGACCACAGUGUGUUACCCCACUGGAAGCGAGAUUGAAUAAACCCUUUUGAAGUUUAACCAAAUACCCCAAAGACAGACCUUUCUAACAUCAACUAAACUUUAUUUCAAGAAAAAAAAAAACAUUUUCAAUGCCAGUUUAGCAGUUUUUCCCUAAGCUACGAAAGGUGUGACCUAUCUUAAAGAUAGCACUAAACGUUUAAGAAACUUUGGAUAGAGGCAAAAAGAAAGGACAAAGAGAGAAAAAAAACUUGCAACAAGCUGUAAAUAUGCGCUCUGUGUAUUUUUAAGCACUUUCCCCUUACUCAGACCUCACAUUCCCCACCAAGUAAUAAAGACUUCAUUUAAGGAGUUACAAAACUUAUGCAUAUGGAACACCAUUUUAUCACAUGGAAAUACCUCAGAUAUAUAUUCGCUCAUAUACCAGUUUUCUGUUGACUCAGAACAGAAAAACAAAAGAAUAAACAGCCCACCUUCUUAAGGGUUCCAGUAACACCAAACUGUUUGAUUUGAUAAUCAGUACAAUAGAUCUUAAAAAUUGGGAUUUUACCAAAGCAGUUUUACAUAUCGUCACUGUGUAUGUAUUCACUGCUUUCGGCAAAUUUGAGAAAAAAAAGGAAAUUUCUUUUGUACAUGUAUUCUCUGCAAUUACACAUCCUUUAAUUUCCAUUAAGAUUAAACAAAAGGACUGGAUGGAACAGGUUCUAAAACAGAACAUUAUGAUUUAGGAAUUGAUCUAAAACUAUGUACCUGCUCAGGAUGGAAGUUUCAGCAGGUGACUGAGGUAUAUUUGUGGUAUCUCCUGCCUGACAGCUUGGUUUCCCAUUUCAGACCAGUCUGACUGGUACAGCUGAACCCUGGUCUUCUAAACUCUGUGCAAAGGGCGUUCUCACCCCUGAGUGGCUCACGACUCGCAGUGCCACCUGUAGAGUGUUUGGAAGACAAUAUAGACACACAGACACACAAACACAUAUGUGCAACUUCGAGGGGCUGCAGUUUCAUCCCGAACGCCCAUCUUGUUGUUGCACAAGAUGGGUUAUAUUCUGGACAUUUGGGGAAGAAUUUCUUGUCUUGUUCUAAGAUGGCCAUUAAUCCAUUUUGCUGCUAUGGACCUGAUGUUUGCCACAGACCUGUAACCUCAACCCAAGACUACAGCCUCCUGCACAACGAGAGGACCUCAGCAACAAUGCUCUUCUGUCUUCGCAAAAACAAAAUCCCUCCUGACAUCUUUCACUGCUCUGCACUGUGGUUAUCGCUCCUUUUGUUUGUUUGUUUGUUUGUUUGUUUGUUUGUUUUUGAGAUUCGUGAUUUUUUUGGGGGGAACUUGCAGCCGAAUGUCAAGCAUCUGAAUGCACAGGGACGAAGAGCCUAGAGACUCUCAGCGACAGAGUGCCGAUGGGCAUCCGGGGACUCAGGGCUGCUCUCGGGACUCCUUUAACAGCUGCAACACCCAAACCGUUUGCCAUCGUUAAACACCUUCGAUCCGUUCACUUUGCGUAGGUGCACUACUGGACCGUGCCAUACUGGGUUACGGGCUGCUCUCCGCUCGCUGCCCCGCGCCGGCUCGUGUUGUUUUCCCCGGCACGGCUACAGUCUCCGGCUGCUUCCCCUCCCGGCGCAGUACAGCUCCCCCCGUGUGAAACCGGACCUCGGCACGAAUCAGUGGGUGUAAACUAGUGCCACUGAAGACAAAAAAACAGGGGUCGCAACAAAAGGCAACACAUCUGUGCUCUUUUAUGUCACUGUAUUAUAUUCCCUUUUGCACAUUUGACAAAGCAAGCCUGUGCUGUUGUUGAAGAUUUUAUGUAUAAAACCUGUUCUCAGUACCAGAGCCUGCUUCAAGGCUGAUUUUUGCACUGGUGAAAGUUAUUGUAUUGAGAUAAUGCAGAUGAUAAUCAAACUAUAUCCGAUUGCUUACAGAAUGGGAGACUGUAGUGUUAAAUAGCGUGAGGCUGCCUAUAAAUAUCGCAGAAGCUUUCGUUGGGGAAAAGUCUUUGACUCAAAAGCCAUUUGUGGAAGUUGCCGUUGAAGAAGGAAAGAUGCUCAGUACUAGAGCUGAGCUCAGGAGAGAGGAGCAGGUGUUUAAGUUGAUUUUAACUGUCAUGCUAUGGAAGCGCCCAGGCUCAAUCACAGCCAGAAAAAAAGUGUUCUGUGUGGGAAUUGCACUGCUGUGUGAGUCUCUGUAUUUUACUGGAUCAAAUGACUUGGAAAUGGGCGUGGUUUCUUUAUUGGCAAUGCAGGUGUACUUGCUACGGCAAGAGAAAAACUGAUUCAUUGUGCAAAGGUCAUGGUUAGACCCCCACAGUAGCAAAAAUCAUCCCUCACGUAUUUGCCUCAUUUUAAAGAAUAUUUUCAGUUUCUCAAUCUUUGCCAUAUUUUCUAGUUUAAUGUGAAAAACAAAAUAAGAAUGGGCCCUUCAAGAAAAUAACAGUAUGUCUAGUUCAGUGCUGGGUGAGGAGAACCAAGUGUUGUUCUUGGACAAGGCCAGGGAUUUCCUGUAUUUAUUAGGCUUGUGAGGGUUCCUGGAAGGAUGUUUGUAAGAGACCUGCUUUCAAGCCAAAACUGAAAGGUGAUGAGACAACAUCAUGAGUGGUCAUUACUGAUUUUGACUUCACUUAAUUUGUUUUGCAUUUGACAAGACUCAUAUUUACUAAAGUUAUCCUUGAUUUGGGAAAGGAUCUUCUAGAUGCGUGUUACCUUUGUGCCGGUGCUGUUCUCCAGCGAUGUGGCUCUGUAGAUCUGCAUUCAGAGUUGUCUCCUGGGCAGAAGGAACAGCUAGCUAAGCUCUUUGCCACAACCCACAGACACACAGCUGAAAGAGAGGACUGCAUGUCUGGCAUGUUCAAACUGGCCCUGACAAAACUAAACUCAUUUAAAAUCCUGGCCAGUCCAAGAAAAUCCCAUAUGAAAUUAAGUUUUCAUCAACUUGUGUACUACGUACCAUUAACCUCCUGAUUAAGCAAUAAUUUAUUUUGCAUUCAAUGCUUUUCCACCUGAUGUAUUCAAACAGCAUGAGACAGUCAAUGCAAUGAAACAAAAUGGAUAUAGGUUUCAUAUUCUGUAUGAAUUAUGUAGAUUAUCAGUCCAUGUGCUAAUAGUACAAACCAGCAAGUGCUGUCACCAUCUGGACAACAAGCAAGCAAAAUUUAUUAACAGUAUAGCACAGGGCAGUGCUAAUGGGGGCAUCAUUAACCAUAUCAUACUGAACUGACUAUUAAAGUUCAAACCUUUAUCUAGUCAGCCUGAUCUGUCUAGAGCACUUUCAUGUCAGAAUCGCCCGUGCCAUUAGGACCACUUACAUUUCCCGUCUGCACAUCACCUUCUUAACUGGCUUGUGCCUUUCCCUUUCGACUCGGUUGGUCAGAUGUAGCGUAAGUGCUCAUCCGACAAAGCAGCAAUCUGAAAUGAAUUGAGAUCGGCCUUUCCUUGCUGGAAAACCGUAGGAUGGUAGGAUGAAAAACGUACACAUGCCAUCUCAUAACAGCCACAUGCCAACAACUGGCUUGUCUUCUUUUUGUUAGCUCAGUCUCAAGCCACGUGCCAAAACAGGUUCUACAAGGGUCCAAAAAAAAUCAAGACAGCGACCAGCCUGCCUCUCAGUGUCCUGCUGCACCAGCUUGUCUCCAUGUGGAAAACGCUGCAUCUAUCAGUUGGAAAUUCUUUAAUGAGCGCUGCUGAAUUUUAACCUCAAUCCUGAAUCCAUGUCACCUCCCGGGGAGAAAGAAAAUAUGUCCUCUCUGGCAAAAUGACUUGCUUUUUUUAAUAUGUAGGCUAGAUAGAGAUAUGCAUAUGUAAUAUAGACCAUCAGGUUUCUGUGGAAGGACUAUGAAGAUUAUAUGGUUUACAGGCUGUUGCAAAAUAACUCCCCCUAGUGUUUGCUUCUUAUGUUUCCCUUAAUAGCAAUUUUAAAAGAAACUUUAAAAAGAAAAAAAUUAGGCAAAAGACAAUCUUAUCCCCUUCUUUGGAAAGGUGUUUCUUGUUCAUUGUUUGAUUUCCAUUCCUUUUUUUUUGUGUGUGCAGCUAUUGUAUACAGUGAGUCUUGGAGACCACAAAAGUAUUUUUAGCCAUAACUGAAGCAUUCUUACUGUACUACGUGAACAGGCAGUGAAACACAGCUAGCUUGCUGUUGAUGGGCUUUUCUUUUUUUGGUGCAAGUGGUCUUUUUAAAGUUUCUACAAUGAUGAAAAGUCACAAAAGACAUUUUUCUGAGAGUGUAAACAUUCCAAACAAGACAGAACAAUUAGCAAUCAACCUUACCAGCAUCAAUUACUGCACAACCUAAGGGUAGAAAUUAACGCCUUAAAUUCAUUUUCCUUUAAUACUAAUGCACUGACAAGAACUGAGUAUCACAGUUGUCAGUUUUGAGGCUUAAUGGUUUGUUUUUUUAAUGCUUGUUCAUAGCAAAUUUAAAUUUCAGUGAAUAGUCUCUGAUGUCACUUGCUGACGGUGGGAGAUUCUAAAAGUGCUACUUCUAAAGCCUCAUGCAUGUGAAAUGCUACGAACUUUGUCUCCAAAGUGGCAUGCUUGAGCAGUCGUCUAGAUCAGGAGUUCCCAGUCCUGGUCACUUGCUGGUUUCCGUUCUGGCUGAGUCUCGCUUACAAACCUGAACCCUUAAUUAAUAAUAAUAAUAGUAAGAUAAAUUCUGAAAUUUUUGUUAUCAGCUCUUUUGGCUUAUAUAGAAUGUUGCCUUUUUGACUAUUUUGUUCGCCAAGUAAAAUUGCAAAGUUUUGAGUAGAAACAAAAUGGCAAAUAUUCCCAUUAAACAACUUAUUAGUUUAAGUAAGGCUUAAAUGAGGUAAUUAAGCUCAGCUGGAAUAAAAGCCCGCUAGUGUGUGAGCUUGAUUGGGACAGAUUGGGGACCCUAAUCUAUCUCCAUGGGUUCCUAAUCCUGGAAACACACACACACACACAGGGUUUUCGUUCCAGCCGAGCACUGAGCUCAACUGAAUCCACAAGUGAACAAACGUUCCUUUCAAGGUCUGCAUUUUUUUAAACUGAAAAAGUUUAAAAGGUUUCAAAUUGAUUUGAUUCAGAGGAUAGGCAGAAUGAAAAUCAGUAAGGUAUGGGCAACCCCAGGACAUGGGACUGUAAGCUGGAUCUUUAGAGCCUGGGGAAUUACAGCAACUGAAUUUGUAAAUUCCAAGUUUAAUACUUACGAACAUUAAUACAAUUAACACUGAUGUCUGAACAUCCAUAUGGAGACUCUGGGUUUUGCUUGUAAGGUUUUUUGCUAACUUAUACAUUGCAUCUGCUUUGGUCAGAUGUAUAUUUCAGAAUGACAAAAUAUUACCUCUGUUUUUUAUUUUUCUAAAGGGGUAGUGUACAGCUACAGUCUAAUCAAUAUGGUUCUGACCAUAGUCUUUUUUAUAAUUUGGUGGUGCUUUAGAUUUAUUUUUUGGUUUUUCCUUGUUUGUUCUCAUGUCCUGGGAGCUGAUGGGCUCAGUUCCUUUUCUAUUUGUACCUAAUACCAAUGUGAAACUUUGUAUUUUUCCUCCUAAUUUUGGACUCAGUGAAAGUGUGAUGUUUACAUGUACAGAUUUUGCGAUUUCUCCCCCCUUCCCCAUGUUUUAAUUUUCUCCCAUUCCCCUGUACUUGGAGGGAAAACUCGACCAUAACGCAAAGUUUAAAAAAAAUAUUUAAGUGGGAAUUUUUUUCCUGGGCGUUUCCGCUCCUCAGCUGUUACCUGGGGAGACACAUCCCAUGGGAUUUACAUGAAGGCUCAAGCAACACUUACAGUUUAUUUUGUACUUACUAUACUCUGCUCUUUGUACUGAGCAAACUCUUGUUACUCUGAUAUCGACAAUAUUUUGUUGCAGUUUGUGUUAAGAAAGUUGAGUCUUAAUGUAACACCCCAGGUAAACCUAUGUACAGAUGUAAUUUUUAAUUAUAAGCCAUUGCAAUCCCAAUAUAAAACUGGGAUUCACUAGCAGGAUAGUUCUAACACUGUAAAAAAAUCCUCAGGAAGAAGAGGGACCCAUGAGUCCUUUUGAAAAACGUCUUAUUUAAAAUGGUCGAUUUCCCUCUUUGCUACUAUAUAAAGUUAUAUCAAAUUCUGUUUUUUUAUAUUUAUUGUGUUAUAUAACAGUGGAUAUUUUUUUUCCAGUACAUGUGGCUAAAUAUUUUAAUUCUUUAGAAAGUGUUGAUAAAUAUAUAUGUGAAGCAACUAAAAGAUGAAAAAAUCUAUUUCUGUUUGUUCAAUGCAAAAUAGCAUGGGCAGUUCUCCUUUACCUUACAUAUCACUUUUGUUAAUGAAAUACCAAUGAGUUUAAAUUAAGCUUUUCCUCAGCGUGAUGUUACCACUAGGUACACACUGGUUUCUGAACACAACAUUGUGGAACUAUUUCUCCUGAGCUGUAUAUCACAAUGCUGAUUAUACUAAUAAAAACAGUAUGCUAUAUCUCAAACAGAA